AUCUUGUAUAUCAUCAAUAAAUUAUAAUUGUAAUUGGUUAACACGAACUAUGUUUAGCAAUUGAUCGAGGUUUUGCAUCAGCUGACUGCAAUGGCCUCCAGAGGAACUGGAACGCUGAUUUGGGUGUGUCUGUUAUGGCUUUUCUUCCUCUGCGCCACCAUUGCUUUCUUUCAGCUCCACUUGGUAGACAACAGAACCAAUCAACCUUCCUCUCGUGAUCAGCGCUCGGAUAUCCCUUUGGGACAAGAUUUGGAGGGUGUUACUCACAAGGUGUAUUUCGACAUAGAGAUCCAUGGGAAAUUAGCGGGUCGCAUAGUCAUGGGCCUUUUUGGAAACACAGUUCCGAAAACUGUAGAAAACUUUCGGGCGCUUUGUACGGGAGAGAAAGGAAAGGGAAGAAGUGGGGUGUCUCUUCAUUAUAAAGGAAGCACAUUCCAUAGGAUUAUACCAAGCUUUAUGGUCCAGGGUGGUGAUUUCACCCGUGGUGAUGGGAGAGGAGGAGAAUCAAUCUAUGGUGAAAAGUUUGCUGAUGAAAACUUCAAGCUGAAGCAUUCUGGACCAGGAUAUUUAUCUAUGGCGAAUUCUGGGCAAGACACCAAUGGCUCCCAGUUUUUCAUAACCACAGUUAAAACCAGCUGGCUGGAUGGACGCCAUGUUGUAUUUGGCAAGGUACUUUCUGGUAUGGACGUAUUGUACAAGAUUGAAGCAGAAGGAAGUGAAAGUGGCUCGCCUAAGAACAAGGUCGUCAUAUCAGACAGUGGAGAAUUAACUUCAUGACAUGGUUUAUUUAUACAAGUUGAGAUUAUUCUACUGUGUUAACGAGCCAUCUUUGCCCAACACCAUGAUUCACAAACUCUGCAUAUUUCAUCAUUCAGUAGAUGAAUAAGUUUGCAGAUAUUAGUGUAAUUUAAGUCUGGAUUGUUGUUUUUGCAUGUUUGUUUGUCCACACUAGUCUUGCUAUAAUGGAAAAAAAUUAGAGAUUGCCAGAGUGGGGAUACUCAUCAACAAUAUGCAUCAGGCUGUAUUGUGUUAUCUGAACUUUUCUUAUGUAAUAGGUACGAGGAUAGUUUAUUUAUUCAA